AGUUAAUUCAAAACAAAAUGUAAAAACACAUGCAAUAUGUGUGAAAGCAAGUAUCUGAUUGAUUGUCAGACCUUUACAUCCCCAUGCUCACAAUAAACACGUCUGAGUCUCUGAACUAGUAGACCUCGCCUUCAUCUGCAGUUGACAGAUACGCUUCCCUCUCAGCCCUGUGGCACUGCACCCCCACUGCUGCUGUGAUCAGUCUUCUUUAACCUUUGUGAGGGUCUCUGCUUCUGAAGUCAGCGCUUUCACAGGAAAGAAAGGCUCCAUGGAGGUGGCAUGCUACAUAUAUUUAUUCAUCGGUCUUCAAGCUGCAUCUUGUGUUCUUGGCUGCCCAGAUGGAUGUAAGUGUUCAAAUCAGCGUGUCACAUGUGCAGGAAAGGCAGUGACGCGGGUCCCGUCACCACUGCCCUUCGAUACACUUCGACUUGAUCUAAUCGGCACCCAAAUCCCAUCUCUGGAAGCGAGCACGUUCCAGGAUCCUCCUCCAGCACUUACUGCACUUAAUGUAAACGAAAAUGAAUUCUCUCACAUCUCACCCGGUGCAUUCGACAGUCUAACUAACCUUCAGUAUCUUAUUUUAAGUUCAAAUCAACUGCAAGAGUUACCUGCUGGGCUGUUAAAUAAGCUUGUGAAUCUCGAGAGACUUAUGCUUUUCCACAAUAAACUGCAGAAAAUCGACUCUGGCCUGUUUGCUACACUCUCUAAACUGAGAGACCUCCAACUCCAAGAAAAUGAACUUAGUGCCAUACCAGAAGAAGCUUUCCACCAGCUGGUCAGUCUCCAAACGCUCCACCUUGGCAGGAACAACAUUACCCACCUUCCAGCCAACAUUUUCAAAACACUGACCAAGCUUCAAACCCUAAAACUUCUAGAUACCCAACUGAGGCACAUUCCAGCUGGAAGCUUUGAUAACUUAAACCUGGUAGAACUUUAUUUACAAGAUAACCAUAUAGAACACCUGCACUGGGGUCUGUUUUCCAAGCAGCUGAACUUGAAGAAACUGUACCUGUCUAACAAUCAAAUAUCCGUGCUGCCUGAAGGAAUCUUCCUUAAUUUGCCUAAUCUCACCAAAUUUACCCUUUUUGAAAAUCAAUUGACAGAUCUCCCCAGUGGCGUAUUUGGUCCCAUGCCCCACCUCAGGGAUCUUUGGCUAUAUGACAACAAAUUAGUUCACAUUUCAGACAACGUGUUUAGCAACUUAACCAAUUUGGAAAUACUGAUCUUGAGCAGAAACCACAUCAGCAGCAUCUCCAAAGACGCAUUCAGCGGCUUGACCAAACUUGCUGAAGUGUCUCUGCACACUAACAAGCUGACCAGCUUGGAUGAAGGCACGUUCCGAGGCAUGGACAAGCUCCAGAAUAUCUCUCUCCAAAACAAUCACCUGCGGUCACUGCCGCGAAACCUGUUCAGAAACCUUUCUAAAUUAACAGAAGUCCAGCUUCAAAAUAAUUCCCUCGAGAGCCUUCCACAGGAGCUGCUGGACUCCUUUGAGCCACUGACCAAAGUGAAUCUCUGCGAUAACCCCUGGAAGUGUGAUGAGAAUAUUGCACCUCUCAGAAACUGGAUGAUAUCGCACCGGUCCAAGGUGCUCAAUAUCAGCCGAGUUACUUGCUAUAGCCCUGAUUCCCUGAGGGGUAUUCCUAUUACAAGCUUAACAGAUGACCAGUUGAAGACAAGCCAGGAAGAACAGACCACUAACACAGAAGAGACUACAGUGAUAGCUACCACUGGAGACAUGAGUCACAGUGUGACAGCCACCUCAUUCCACCCACAGGCAACCAGAUCCUCUCCCACUUUGAAAACCUACCCCUCUCCCUCAUUGAAAACCACACCCGCCACCUCAAACAAAGGUGAAGACACCGAGGAUGAACAUGGGCAGAAUAAGGGCCUCAAGAAAGAGGUUCUGAUCACAAUCAUUGUGCUGGUCUGUACCGUUGUCAUCUCUGCUGUGAUCAUCUACAUAGCAUGCCGGAGUAAAGAAAUACGCUCUGGUGCUGAAUUAACACAAGUGACCAAAAGGAAUGAAGUCAUUUAAACAAACAAACAAAAAAUGAUAUAAUCAUGUAACUAUUUCCAAAGCUUACCUGUAGUGGACCAGUGGGUGAAACAGUUUUAUCUUGUAUACUGUCUCUUUGAAAACAAUUGCAUCUUCAUCAUCUCCAGUCAUGCUUGUAGUGAUUAGAGCAAACGUAUUCUAUGUUAACGGGGAAGGACUCUGGUUGGAAUCUAACAAAAUGAAUGGUUUAUCUACUAAUAUCUAUAAUACCAUGGUUGUUUAUAGUUUGCUAGCUUUAUUUUAUUUCUGUUUACUUUUAUUUUUUAUUAAAAAGAAAAUUCAAGUAUAUGUUGCAUGCAGAAGACCAAUGCAAUCUGAAAAUACAUGAUGCUAUUUUUGUAUAUUACUGUUCAGUACAUUAAAAUAAAUGAUGCUA